AUGGCUGUUGGAUGGACUCUCGGAGACGGAAAGUAUACCAAGGUCUGUGAAAAGAUCACAUCAAAUCUUCAUCGCAGAUGCUCCUUAAGUCUUUGUGGUAUGGACAAUGUCACGCAACCACGGUUCGCACGGGCUCACAGCCCGAUUACCGAGCAGCUGAUUGGGGAAGCGGAUCUGUGUGUAUACGUACUCUCAACUGUGUACGGUGUGAAGGAGGAGGACGCUGUUGCCCUUAUGCAAGUAUCCGCGUCUCUGCCAGUCCUCGUCGUGGUUUGUGGCGAUGAUUUUGUCAACCCACUUUCCGUGAUUGACAUCCGCAAUAGCCUUAAUGCACAGUUCCAAUUAAUCCAGUCCAGAUACAGCGAUGGUAUUGAUGCUGUAGAUUAUACACAGCUCGUCAAAACCAUCCUGCGAUCCUGUGUUUCGCUCCAGGAUCUUUCUUCCAUCAAUAUAUGCGAUACCAUUGACAGGCAUGUCAUAGCCACCGCCAUCUCGGUCAAUAACUCAUUGCCUAAGCUUAUGUCUCCUAGCCAGCUCUGGAACAAUAGGCUUCAGUCCCCUUUUGACAACAGUAUUAUCACGACUUUCCUUAUUGCAAUCAUUGUCACAACAGGAGCCUUGCUCCUUAGCAUGAUUCUUGGAUACAGUCUUUCAUCCCCUAGACUGCCUCAUGCCGUCCUUCAACCAAUUCGAUAUUCAGCCGAUGCAUAUGUAGAGAUUGUCCAUUUGGAUUUCUAUACAUCCAAUGGUAAACCCCUUUGUACCAACAAGCAGGGAUAUGGCUUUCCUAAUACUAUGUUCUACCUCCAAAUCUUGAUCAACGACAAGAACCAGAUGGAUCUGGAUGCGCAGAGACCGCUUCAUUCCAUUGUCCUUCUACCUAUUCGUGAUGUCGCUGUACAGGAUUUGCAGAAUGGAACCUACAAGAUCAUAGUGACACAGCUACGCCAACAAGAGUACCAAAGAUUAUUAUGGCCGUGGGAACGUUUGAAAAAGCCGAAGUACUAUUUACAUCUGUGGUUCUUGGACGGAACGCGAAUUCGAGGUACACCACAGGAGCUCGUGUGGCCAAAGGCAACGUACGAGACAAAGGAUCACAAUUUGAUGAAACCUAUUGACUCGAAGCGCAUAAUCCUCGGUCAGCGGCAUAAGCAACCAACAAAUCAAUAUCAAAAAGAACAAGGACCUACGGGGCUUCAACCAGGAUUUUACUGUUACAUUCAAACAAUACUUACACAUUUGCAGACCGCAUUUACAUAUAUGAUGAAGAUUGGCGACACUGCUUUGGGUUCCCUUUUUAACUUAGCUGAUGGUCGUUUUGAGAAAAAGGUAGCAAUGCGUCAACAUCAUAAUAAUGCAGUCGCGACGCAUGCUUCUGGAGCUGUUCCCGCUCUUGUCUACAGAAGUGCUGAUGAUUUCGUCAAGGAGAGAAAACCACAAAUCGUAAAACCACAACAACGAUCGCAUAAGCCCAAGUCUAUAUCUUUGGCUCCUUGUCAUUCACGCUCACUCAAUCAUCAAAGGCUUCCUUCACAGCACACUGGUCUCCCUAUGGCAUUGGAGCAGCUCUCCCAAUCUCUAUCAAGGUACACCAACGCCCCGAGCCCCACUCAGCCCCAAAAACACAGACCCAGGCCGCUUAACAAGGCCAUCAUCCUCCAAUCGGCUGACAGAGCUUUGGUGAGGAUUGAAAGUAGCUUAGCGAAGAUUGUAGACCCUGAGGAUAUCAAGAAGGCGUUUAUCAAGGGUAACAACAAAUACCGUUCAAAGGAGCUGAUAAGGCGCGCAGACAACCUUAUGGUCAAAAUCGAGGGCAAGGUAGCAGAAUACAUGAACAAAAAACAACAGCAAAAGUUGACAAGAUAG